UUUAAAUUAUCUCCAGCUGAUUCCUUGUAGUUUUCCGCCAUGUUUGCAAUGCCAACAUUUUUUAGACAAGCUUACACGUUUCCAUCAACCCUAAUGUUUUCAAAAGUGUCCACAAUUUUGCUGUUAGUCUUAGUAAAUAGUCUAGUCAAUUGUAGUGCAUUGCGUGUGAAACGUGCAGACAUUGACCUACAGACCUGCAUUGACAACUUCGACAUACACAGAGACAAGAUAAUCCGAACGCAGGAUUCCCAAAAAAUGGGUGCGAAAUAUUUAACAGAGAUCGAUCUGGGAACGAGAGGAGAAUGUCUCAGGCUGUGUUGUGAGACCGACGAUUGUGAUGUCUUCGUUUUUGAAGAGAAGAAUUCUGGAAGCUGCUAUUUGUUUCAUUGCGGCCCACCGGAGGAUUUUAAAUGUAAAUUUACACACCACGCUAACUACUCCAGUGCAGUUUUGGCCAUCAAUCGACACCUACCAGAUCUUGAAAGUCAGAUUAAACUAACCAAACACGAACAGGAUUUGAGCAAACUGAGAAAGCCCGAAAGCGAGCCAGAAGUGCUCCCGCAAGUGUCCGAAACCCGGCCCAUCUCCUCGACACCUGCAGCAACGACGGCAAAGCCCGCGACCGAAGUCAAGACGAAGCCUUCUGAAGAGGCUCGGAAAUGCAGCCGUUAUCAGUUCGAAUGCCGAUCGACCAGCGAAUGCAUUGCAAUUUACAACGCUUGUGACGGUAUUCCUCAAUGCGCCGAUGGAAGCGACGAAGCACCGGAACUGGGCUGUCCGGAGUCUCUCACAACGCCACAGCCAGCGCCAGUCCACCUCAAUAAUCCGAUCCAACCCGCCAGAUAUGACCCCAAUAUUCCGCAGCAACAGCUCCAUCCGUUACUUCCAGGGUUAUCGCAACAGGAAAUCUACCGACCUCAGCUAACACCAGAAGCUUUGGCUCAGCCCCAGAUGCAGGCCAUGCCGCAUCAGGAGGCCGAUUUUUUGAGGCCGAUUCCCAACGCGCAAAAUAUCAAUUCGCGAGUACCGUUCGAUGGUCAACAAAUGGUGCAGUACGCCCCUGGACCGGUGCAAAUGCAGGGGAAUUGGGGGCCGCAUCAGGCGCAGAUGGGGCCGCAAGUGCCGCAAUAUGCAGAUAAAAACAGCCACAUUUUCAAUCACAAGGAGACCGGCCUGCAAGUGCCUGAUGGCCAAGAGAUCAGGUAUAAUAAAUAUAAGGGAGCGAUGCAGUAUUUGCAUCGCGCUCUGGGAUACUCGGGCGCAGGCCAAAUGCAGUACGGGGAGCAGUAUAACCCCAAAAUUGCCAGCUAUUACGACAAUUAUAGGCAACCCAUCCAGCAAAAAAACUGGGAACAAUACCAGUACCAACAAGAGGCCGGAAACUGGCACCCUGAAAACGAGACCCCCAAAAACGUAGCUUAUAAAACCACCUCACAAAUGGGGCAUUCGGAAAACAAAGAAAACCCGAUUCACGAGCAAGAAAAAAUGGCCCACGAGUUGAAACAGCACUCCAAAGAAGCGACGAAACAAGACCUUAAAAUAAAAAUCGAGAAACACAAGGCCAAAGCCGAGCACUAUCCCGACGUGGUGGCUUACAAGAUGGACGGAUCUUCGGAAGAUGGCGUCCCGGAAACGGCGAGCGGGGCCGUCUUAUCACUAACUCUCGGCUUAAUUAUCACUUGUGUGAUGGCGCUGUUGAUCGGUUGUCGGUUGCGAGUGCGAAGACGGAUGCGGAAAGGAGGCAAAAGUUAUGCCCACGACGCCGAUUAUUUAGUGAACGGAAUGUAUUUGUGAGAGGAUAUUGAGCAUAUUGUUCAAAAGUUAGUUGUAAAUAGUUAGGCUAAUACUCAUCAAAACGAUUAGGUUUGUUUUCCCAUCGAUGAUUAAGUGUUUACAUCUUUUGUAAUCGUUUUGUAUUUAAUUAGAGGGAAAUAUAUUUUCAAGUGUC